UAUCAGUCUCAUUUAUACUCUCUUCAUUUUUCACCACUCUUCCCCUUCCAACAUACUCACUAUCAGCUAAUAAUAACACACUCACUAUAUAAGUUUAGUAUGGUUUAUGUAGUCAAUAGCCAAACAGUUACAAAGCACUUCCAAUAUUUCCUACAUGACAACCAACCAAGUUGAAAUGGAACCAAGCCAAACAGUUGCUCUCUUGUUCUGUAUUUUCCGUCACUCCCUAGGGAUUUUCCACUGCUCUAACUAGUAGAGGUAGAUUUCUGUCUUUUAAUUCGGGCCCAUAAAACCCACCCCCAAAAGAUGAGCGACAGCAGAGAAGAUUCCAAGCUACAACAUUUAUCCUCACCAACUCCUCCUCCCGAUGACCCCGGUCAAAUCCAUCAAGACCCGACCCAACAAACACCGCCGCCCCCGCCCGGUGCUCCUCCUCCCGCCUUUCUUUCCUCUGCUCCUACUUUGUUCAACAUUCCCAACACUGGCUUUGACCAGCCACCGUUUGAAGCCGCGAGUUCAAAGAGACCAAGAUACACUGCCGCACAAUGGAAGCAGCUUUCACCCUCCACCUCCAAACCACAUCAACAACAUCAAAACAACAAGACUCCCACAAAUAUUCUGAUGAUUACAGAAUCAUCUCCGACAUCACAACCGCCACCGCCACAGCCACAAACUCGCAUUGUUCCGGCAGCUUCAUCUUCAGACACCGCCUCUUCACCUUCUCAUUCUCCCCGACCAUCUCACUCAGUGGCCUCAACCCACCAACAAUUUCGAAAGGGCAAAUACGUCAGCCCCGUUUGGAAACCUAACGAGAUGCUGUGGCUUGCUAGGGCAUGGAGGGUCCAGUACCAAGGCGGAGUCGGGUCGGAAGGGGAAGGACCCGGAACCGUGACACCGUCAAGAGGGAAGACAAGGGCUGAUAAAGACAGAGAAGUUGCUGAAUUUCUAAACAGGCAUGGGGUAGAGAGGGAUGCAAAGACUGCCGGGACCAAAUGGGACAACAUGUUAGGAGAAUUCAGAAAGGUUUAUGAGUGGGAGAAAGGUGGGGAGAAGGAUCAAGUCGGCAAGAGUUAUUUCCGGCUUUCUCCAUAUGAAAGGAAGCUUCACAGAUUACCUGCUUCAUUUGAUGAGGAGGUGUUUGAAGAGCUGUCCCAAUUCAUGGGCUCCAGAAUGAGAACCCCUCAAAGUAGAGUCGUUUCCCCCAUUGUCUCGGCCGCCGCCGGUGGUGAAGAUGUUCGACCCAUUGUCCCCUCGGCUAAAUCAUUGCUUCCUCCUCCCUUUUACCGGGACGAAGACCUUCCAAUUUCAGCAAGGGGGAAGCAGAUUGUGAUGACAAGUAGUACUGGUGGGGACCCGUUUGGGUGUGGAAGUAGAGGAGGAGGAAGUUUAUUAGGGUUUGAGUCUUCGUUGGACGUGCUUGGUGGUGCUUCGUCUGGGUCUGUAUUUUCGAGGGAAGUUCGUAGAAUUGGUAAGGUGAGAAUGAUAUGGGAAGAAUCAGUGAGCUUAUGGGGUGAAGAAGGAGAUCCUCACAGAGGACGAGUGAAGUUGCAAGGAUGUAGCUUUCUAAAUGCUGAUGAAGUUGCUUUCUUGGAUGAUUCAAUGGUUGCUUGUACAAUGGAAGCCUUUGAAGAUGGACCUCUAAAAGGCUUCUCUGUGGAUAGAUUCCUUCCUGGUCAACAAGUCAAAGUUUUUGGCAGAAGGAAAUCUCUCUCUGUUUCUGUUCCCGCUCCUCCGCCUACUGGACCCGGUGAUAAACCUCAACAUCAUUCUGCCGAGCCAUCUUCCUCUCUCAGAUCUAAUCCGACAUGGGAGUUUCAAGAUCCGACUGAUUAUUACCUGGGAUGCUUGCGAGCUCCCCCAUCUACACUGCCAAGCUUGUUUGAACUAUCUUGGCACAUACAAGAGCCUCCACCUGAGGAGUUUCGUUUCCCACUGAGGAGAGAUGUGUACAAAGAUUUGCCCCAAGGGAAAGAGCUUUUUUUCACUACUUGUUGUGAACUCUUGCUGGAUUGCAGAGGGAUCACAUAUGAUAUUAUAAGCCCCAUCUUGAAGCAAAACCCUAGUCUUAGUGGUGCAACGGCCACCACCAGAGACUCCUUCAUCGGCAUGUGGGAUGAUUGCAUCAAUAGAAUCGUAUCGAAAUUCUGUUGUACGGAGAUGGUGAUUGUUCGGAAAAAUAGUUCUCCAAUGGCGGAAACAAUUCAGGAUGAGUGGCCACAUGUGUGUGGCUUUUCAAGGAAUUUCUGCCUGUGGAGAGGAGAAGAAACGGAUCAAUUAAGGGAAGGUCACGUUGACCCAUCUUCUUCAAUAGUGGAAAAGCUCUUAUGGACUUACACCGACUUGCCUUACAUUUUAGGCUACUAUGCAGUUGGCUACAUUGUAACAUUUUGUGCUAUCAGCCGAUCCCAAGACCGAAUCAUCAGAACCGACCUUUACACCGUUGACCUUUCGAACCCAACAGAGAGACUCAAAGCCCUAGUCCCUUGUUGGAGGAUUGCAGGAAUCCUGCCUUUGUUAGCUGACCAAUGCGUAACUAGCUCAAACAAUAACAAGCAACCACUUCCUUACAGUGAUUUUGAAAGAAUUGAUUUGGGCGGAUGUAACAUUUUGGAAAUGACUCCAAAUACAACCACCAAAUUCUUCUCAAGCAAACGGAGAUGGGCCGCGGUCAAAGAAAUCUACGACUUCCUCGAUCAAAGGAUUCCACAUGCUGAGUUUAUGGUUCAAUCGUCAGAGAAAGACUUGGGAAUUGGGUUCAAGCCCAGAGGAUGUAGAGUGAAGCCCACGAACUGCGAUCAGCUGAUAGAGGCUUUAAAACAAGUCACCAAAGCAUUAGCGGGGUUGCAUGAUCUGUGCUUCAUGCACAGAGAUUUGAGUUGGGAGAAAAUCGUGAAGAGAUGCGACAGGGAAAACGAGUGGUUGGUAACCGGGUUCGAGGAGGCGACGGGGGCGCCGCAGAUAGACCCACACGACGGAGGGGCGGCGGCGAGUGGGAGGAACGCGCCGGAGAUGGGUCGAGGGUUGCACAGCGUGAAGGUGGAUGUGUGGGGAGUAGGUCAGCUGAUCAAGAGUAGCGGUUUGGUAAGCGUGCCAAAGAUGCUAAGAGAGUUGCAGAACAGGUGUUUGGACCAUAACCCGGAGCAGAGGCCAACGGCGGCAGACUGCUACCACCACCUGUUGCAGCUGCAGCAGCAGUCGUCAAUGUCAACAGCCGCCGUUACAGCUGCUGGGGGAGUUUAUUGAAUGCCAUUUUUAAUUGACGCUAAUAGUUUCAUUCCAGUCGGUUUCAUAAUACUACUACUAUAUAGUAGAGUGUGUGAGUGCGUGUGCUUCUGCGUACACGAUUAUAUAUGUAAAAGUUGGG